AUGGAGCUUUCCAACUCGGAGAGGAACCCAAAUGCGCCACUGCGGUUGCUCUCGCUCGAUGGAGGAGGUGUGCGCGGGUUGUCAUCACUACUUGUCCUCGAGACACUGAUGGAAAACAUUGCUUUGGAAGAGAAGAGACUUGGAAGGAGGGCGAUGAACAAUCAUGAGCCACUCAAGCCAUGUGAUUAUUUCGACCUCAUUGGCGGCACAUCGACUGGAGGAAUCAUAGCCAUUAUGCUUUCGCGGUUACGGCUUGACUGCAAGCAGUGCAUAGCCGUUUAUAGCAAGCUGGCCGAGCAGAUUUUCAAGCACGACCGAUCAUUCAAGGCAUUUGGUAUGAAAGUGCCAACGGGAGCCAGUCGAUUUUCUGGUGCCGUGCUAGCAAACGCCAUCAAAACUGCACUCAAAGAUCUGGGCUUCGACCCUGACGAGCUCAUGUGGGACGAGGCGCUAUUCGAAGAGGUGGAAGAGGCAAACGAACUACCUAGGGACAGCAUCUGGGCAGAUGCCGCGCCCGAGUUGGUACUCACAGAAAGCCCACUGGCGACUAUGAAGAACUCGUUGGCUUCACUAGAAUCGGGACCGCCUCUCAGUACUACGAGCACAACGAGGCCUUCAUCUACACUCUACAGUUCAAGUCCGUUCACUCCAAAAGCGCCCACAAGAACCCCUACAUGGAAGCUUCACAAGCGGCAAUCAGUUCACCGGAAAGCGAAUGCAAAGGGCUGUCGCGGCUUUGUGCUCACCUCGCUGAAGAACGCACUAGGUCUUCCGAGAAUUCUAUCUACAUACGAUCCAAACGACCGAACCACUCGCAUCUGGGAAGCGUUACGGGCAACAUCGGCAGCACCGACAUUUUUCGAAGAGAUGCAGUUUGGUACACCAAAAGUCACAUACCUUGACGGCGGUGUAGGCUUCAACAAUCCCUGUGCAGAAGUCGACUACGCAGCCAAAGCACUAUGGGAGAACCGGUCCAUUGGCGUCAUAGUCUCAGUCGGGACGGGUCUCCAGAGCAUUCCCAGCGUCAAGAAGAUGGCCUCAUGGCUCCCCUUUGGCCUCGGAACCGACAUCUCCAUCGCCAGCGCACUCACCGGCAUGGCAACCAGCACAGCACGCGUCGACAACGAAAUGAAGCGCAUGUACAGCAACUCGGACACAAAGUACUUCCGCUUCGAUGUGGACCGCGGCCUCGCCGACGUCAGCCUAGAGCAAUGGAUGAAAGAAGACGAAAUGGCCAGCCUCACUGAACUCUACAUGAACGACGGCCAACAAAUCCGCGCCGCCCGCGACUUUGGCGAGCGCAUGGCCAAACUCUCAGCCUUACCCCCCAAAUUCGAAAUCGGCGCCACCCAAUUCGCCGUCGGCAUGUCCGGCACCCGCAAACUCGACGACUCCUUCAAACUCGUCCAUGUAGACUUCAAAAGCGGAAUGCCCAUCGGCUCCGGCCUCGACGUAUCACUUAGCCCACCAAACCGCAGUACCUCUCCUACUGGUGAGGGCGGCCUCGCCCUCGACGACAACGGUCGCCUACGGAAGAUUUACCCUGUAGCUGCGGACCUAGACCACGACGGCCGCCGCGAAGAAGCAGCCGUAUACCAGUGUCUCCACGCCGACAACAUUUGUCUCCGCAGCAUCAAAACGGGGAUUCCACAGGGCAAAUACAAAGUCUCCUUCCUCGUCUCUUUCCAUUCUUCCUCGCACACCCCGCCCCGCGACGUCAUCUUUAGCGUCGGUAAACCGUAUGAUGCGGAGAAUUUUGCGACACGCUUUGUUGAUGUGAAGAUUACCCCCGAUGUCGCGGCCGUGUUGCUGCAGCCUGAUGCUAUUAGGGUCAGGGUGGGGAGUCGGCGGUAUGAGGAGUAUAAGGGGAAAGGGUGGGUGGAGAUUCAGGGGGAUAUUGAGAUCAAUGUGGGACUGGAUGGCGCAUUGGGCUUCUUGGUUAGUAAGAGGUACAAGAAGGAUGUUUUUGUUGAUGGGUGGAGUUUUGGUGGGGUGAGGUUGGAGCCCGUGUUCGGGAGUAGUGUUGUUGGGAGUCCGCGGAUUGUGUAA